ACUACUGAUCUAACCUCGAUCCUAUACCUGACCUACAGAAACUGCAGCUGGGUUUAAGCACAGUUCAACCCAACAUGCUGAUUAUCGCUCAGUUAGUUUUGCUGCUCUGCGCAUGCUGCGCUCAAACGCAGGAUUUCAUGACGCCCAACGUGAACAUCCUUAAUGAAAUUGGAAAAAUAAAGAACCUGGAGGAAAGACUGAAAACAGCAGAGGACAAGAUGCAGAGCCAAACCACCUUGGUGAAUGAGCUGACCUCCAAACUGAAGGAGCUGGGGAGUGAAAAUGGAGUGCUGAAUAUGACAGUCCAAACCUUGCAGGAUGAAGUUGAAACUCUGCAGAAAGAAAACGAAGCCAGGAAGGUGGCCUUUUCAGCAUCGCUUUUAGCUUCUGGAGAGGGAAACACCGGACCCUAUAGUUCUGUGCCGCCCACAUUAAUCUACAAAAAAGUCGCCACUAACUUUGGAAAUGGCUACGACUCAAAUACGGGGAUUUUCACAGCACCAGUGAAAGGAGUUUACUAUUUCCGAUUCUACGCUCACUGUCACGGCGGCAUCAAAAUGGCUGUCAGUCUGUAUAAAAACGGAGCUGUUCAGUGCUCUGUGUUUUCCUGGAAGCCCAUCACCAACGGCAACGCCAGCAACGGGAUUGUCUUAACUCUAGAGAAAGGAGAUCAGAUCUUCACGAGGCUGUGGGAACAAUCCUGGGUUUAUGAUGAUCCAGCAGGCUACACCAGCUUCGGAGGCUUUUUACUUUUCCCCUUGUGAAAUGGCGGCCUGUGAUAUUCCAUUAAUGGGCAGUUACUGGGAUACGAUACACAGAAAUUUCUUUAAUAAGUUCAGCUUUAAAAUCCCAAAAUUAGUUUUAGAUUGAUUGUCCACAAUUACUCACAACCUCAAGGAAUGUUGUUUGCAAUUCAUAACCCGACACUCGAGCAAAUCACAUGUGAUAGUGAGUGAAACAUCACAGAGAAACAUUUUUUUACACUGAUGUUUAUUGGUGUUUUUUUGAAAAAAAAAAAUCAGAAAAAAAGGCGCAAAGAAAAGCUUGAGUUUAUUAAUAAAGCUAAUGAAGAAUGUUUCUAAAACUUAAAUGCAGUACCCAGUUUGGAAAAGAAUUUAUUGAGUAAUUGUGGAUAUUAAAAUAUUUGUGUUUGUGUAUUAAUGUGCAGACACGGAUCAUAUCACAAUCUGAAAACAUGUCAAAGGUAAUUUUUUGAAAUGUUGGUAGUAAAUAAAGGAAUAUAUUUCUCAUUGCA